GCCCUCGCCGCGGCUUCUCAGUCGCCGCCCGCCGCCCGUGCGCCCCGGUGGCCUUCCCCGCGGACGGACGGACGGACGGACAGACGGACGGACGGACGGGUCCGCGCCCCUUGGCUCCCUGCAGCCGCCGCCGUCCGGCCGAGUCCUAGCUCCAGAGCUGCCGCCUUCGCUGCCGGGACAUGGUCCUCUGCGUUGAGGGACCUUGUCCUUUGCUGGCUGUGGAGAGGACUGGGCAGCGGCCCCUGUGGGCCCGGUCCCUGGAGCCGCCUGAGUCUGCGAUGCAGCCUUUACCUGCUGGGGCCUUGCUGGAGGAGGUGGCAGAGGAGACUCCAGCCCAGCCCGAGAGCGAGUCCAAGGAGCUGGACCCUGAGGAGGAUCUGCUCUGCAUAGCCAAGACCUUCUCCUAUCUUCGAGAGUCUGGUUGGUAUUGGGGUUCUAUUACGGCCAGUGAAGCCCGACAACACCUGCAGAAGAUGCCAGAGGGCACAUUCCUAGUUCGUGACAGCACCCACCCCAGCUACCUGUUCACACUGUCCGUCAAAACCACCCGCGGCCCAACCAACGUGCGCAUAGAGUACGCCGACUCCAGCUUCCGGCUGGACUCCAACUGCCUGUCCAGGCCACGCAUCCUGGCCUUCCCAGAUGUGGUCAGCCUUGUGCAGCACUAUGUGACCUCCUGUGCUGCUGACACCCGAACCGACAGCCCUGACCCUGCGCCCACCCCAGCCCUGCCCACCCCCAAGGAAGAUGCUCCCGGGGACCCUGCGCUGCCAGCCCCUGCAGCCACUGCUGUGCACCUCAAGCUGGUGCAGCCCUUUGUGCGCAGAAGCAGUGCCCGGAGCCUGCAGCACCUGUGCCGCCUCGUCAUCAACCGCCUGGUGGCUGACGUGGACUGCCUGCCACUGCCCCGGCGCAUGGCUGACUACCUCCGACAGUAUCCCUUCCAGCUCUGAGCCAGCUGAGCAUCUUCCUAGCUUCACUCAGCCAGACCCUGGAGGGGACAUGAACUGGACUCGGGCUCCUGCUGCCCCUCCUCCCACCCUCCUAAAACCUGCGUGCAUCUGGCAGCUGGACCAGCAAGAGCCAGUAGGAGCAGGGCUGAGAGGGGUCACACACAUGCGGUUCCACUGUGAGCCAUGUGUCAGAUGAGGGGGAGACAGGCAGGCCCUGGUCUCCCUAAAUCUAGGUAGACUUCCCCAACCCUGGUUUCUCGGCCCAUAGGGUGGGGCAGGCCCCCUCCUUCUAGCCAGCCUCUGUCUCAGGGAAGAUGGCAGCCAGAGAACUGAGGUUGACAAUGACAGUGUCCAGGUGGGGGAGCAGGCCAGACUGGGGACUACACAGUUAGAUAGUAUUUAUUUAUUUAUUCUCUUUGGGGUUGGUCUCAGGGUGAACCAACCCCACUCUCUGCUCUGAACCCUGAGUGCACCAGAGACCCCUAGCUUGUCUGGUUCCUCCCUGCAGAGAGCCCCAUCCUGAAACAUGUGGCCAGGGUCCAAGACAGUCUUGGCACUGACCCUUCCCCCACACACACACACUUCGUGGAUGUGUCCACCGUCUUGUGCCCCCAGCCCUGGGUUGGGAAAGUAGAUGAGUGGACAAUGAAAUGGAACCAAAGAGUCAGCUCCCAGCAGAGCCUGCCUGGGGCCCUGCCUGCACAGAGCUGGUCUCGCUGUGGCGCAAACCCUGCAGGAGCCCAUGCUUACCAGGAGGGAUUGCUAGCUCCAGGGCUGCUUGAUCUCUGCGGGGUCUGCUCCCCAAGGAGGAAGCUGUCUGGGGAAAGAGGAAUUAAUAUAACCAAAAAAAAAAAAAAAAAGAUUUUUUUUGGUCAUCUUUUUUAUUCCACUGGUUUUUCUGUAAUGACAAUAAAAGUGUACUUUUCGUGUAUGGAUCCCUCA